CUCUUCCAACCAUGGUGCCUGACUGCUUGUGCAGGCUGCCAGCCCUACAUCCCAGGUCUGUUUUGCUGCGAGGAGGGAUUGAGAAUCAAUGGCAGCAAGGAACAGAAUGGCAGCAAAACAGGGGGCAAAAGAAGAGGAUCCAUACUGGAAGGGAGGUGGGAUGGAACUGGGACUUGUUCCUGGGAAGAUUCUUUUCUUCCUUAGAUCAGACAGCAUCUGCUUCUUUAUUUUCUCUACCCUCAGCGUGAUGCUUCUGGUUUACAUGAGGUUCUCCUCAUUUAUUUGGGCUGUGGUAGCACAUAGAGGCUGAGCCUGGGGAUGGGAUGCUUCUGUGCAAGGUGCCUCCUCACCCUACCCCCAGUACUAGCCCUGAGCAUGAGUUUGUUAUAAUUGUGGCACAUCCAGUGAUGGCUUUGCCUAAAAUUGCUCAUCUUGCUCGCUCAGCACAUCUGCACUUUGACAUAGUUUUAAUUACUGAUACAAUUGGUGGCUUUAUUUCAAACGUGGGUAAUUUCAUUACCAGUUUUUAUACACCUUUUUAGUUCUUUGCCCAUGAGUUUCUCAAAGCAAAAUCAAAUGAAUCACUGACAUCAUCACUGUUCUUUCCUGAAAAUGGUUAUAAGGGAUGUGGCUUAAAACCUCCGGAGAUAUCAAGUAUGAUUUCAAUAGAUGUUUUUCUUAGAACAUACUGUACUACAACAUUAUCCACCUAUCACAUAACAGCCAUAACAAUCUUCCAAAAAAUAUAUAUUUUUAAGUAUGUACCCAUUUUUUCCAAUGCUAAAUUGUUAGGGCCCAAAAUAUUCAUCGCUCUGGGUGCAAAAAUUCAGAUAUACAUUUUUUUCCCCACUGGCAGUGGGCUUCUCAUACCGAGUGCUCAUCUUUCAUUCUUAAAACAUUGAUUUCUUUUUGAGCAACUGAAAACCACGUAGAUCUCCUAUGUAAAAAGGAAAAGACUAAAGCUGUUGUUGCAAUGGAUGGAGACAGAACGGGAGACCUUCUGAUGUGCACAGGCACAUCUUAGCACAGCACCACGCCAAACAAGUUAAUGGGCAACGUAUACAGUUCAUCCUAUGUCCAUAGUUGCUUUGAUAGCAUUUUGUGGAUAAGUGGAUUCUUAUAUUUUCUAUAAAUGGAUUCUUAUAUUUUCUAUAGAAGCAUUUUCUUGACAUAGCAAAAUUUCAUAGGUAAGUGAUGCUCCGUAAACACAUUUUACAUUGGCAUCUUACAGAGAAGCAGUGUUACAACUAAGGCAGCGGCCUUGACUCACGGGGUUAUGUGAGUGCAGUGGAAAAAAAGUUUGAAUCGUGGAAUGACAGAACAGUUUGGGUUGGAAGGGACCUCAAAGCCCUCCCAGCUCCAACCCCGUGCCAUGGGCAGGGCUGCCCCCCACCAGCUCAGCUGCCCAGGGCUGCAUCCAACCUGGCUUUGAGCACCUCCAGGGAUGGGGCACCACAGCUUCUCUGGGCAGCUGUGCCAGGGCCUCACCGUCCUGUGAGUAAAGAAUUCCCCCCCUUUAGAACUUUUGAUUUUUUUUUUUUUAAUUAUUAUUCCCAACAAACAAUCAGUGGGAAUGCUGCAAAUUCCCGAGCUUCGUUUCUAAUGGUAAUCACCAACUUUCCUUAACAUUUCUCCUUGAAGAAGUUUCUUUUGCACGCAGCCAAAGUGACGCUCUCCCCGGAGCUGGGUGCUCGGGGCCAUUUGGCUCCACAGCGUGCUGGCACGCAGUGAAGUUUUGAUUCCGGCUGUUUUAAUUAAAGCCUAUUUCCAUAGGAUUACUCCAGCGUGGAUCAGCUCCACGGUUCUGUUUGUUUUAAUAAACUCUCAGAGCUCUCCUCCUUCUAGAGAGAGAUUGUGCUGCAAACAAGGCAGCCCUGCGGUUCGUAGCAGAAACAUGGAAAUGCUGCCGUAAAAGAUGAAAAAAAAAAAGAAAAAAAAAAAAAGCUUUGAUGGAAUUCAUUACAAUCUAUGGACGAACAGAAACAACCUACAGCUCUAAGGCAGAUGGGCCGGCACAGGUGGGCAUGCAGCGGAGCGGGACGCCGGAGUCUAUGAAGUAGACCCAGGCUCCCUCUGCUAGGCUCUGCACAAACACAGAAUAGAGACGGUAGAUGACUGCAGAGGGAUGGUGACUGAAAGGUGCUUUUCCCCCAUGAGUGCGAGAAGAGUGUCUAGUUAAAAGAAGUGACUGCUGUGGAGGACAGCAUGACCACCAUGAAAGGAAGCUGCCUUCUUGUACUGCUGUUGGCAGGAUUUGGAGUACUAGGAAUACUGGAGCCAGAUGCAGAAGAUAUCCACUGUCACAGAGCUGUGCACCCAGUUAUCACGUACAAAGAAAUUGCUCCUUGGUUACAUGUGUUCAAAGCAGAAGAUGCUGUAGACUUCUCACAAUUAACAUUUGAUCCAGGACAAAAAGAGCUUAUUGCUGGAGCAAGAAACUACCUCUUCAGGUUGCAACUCGAGGAUCUCUCUCUAAUACAGGCAGUGGAAUGGCAAUGUGAUGAAGCUACUAAAAGAGCCUGUUACAGUAAAGGAAAAUCAAAGGAGGAAUGCCAGAACUAUAUUCGAGUGCUUCUUGUUGGAGGCAACCAUCUCUUUACCUGUGGAACCAAUGCUUUCACUCCUAUUUGCACAAAUCGGACGUUAAAUAACUUGACAGAGAUACAUGAUCAAAUCAGUGGCAUGGCUCGUUGUCCUUAUAGUCCCCAGCACAACUCCACUGCACUUCUCACUUCCAGUGGGGAAUUAUAUGCUGCUACAGCCAUGGAUUUUCCGGGAAGGGAUCCUGCCAUUUAUCGCAGUUUGGGAGCCCUUCCUCCUCUCCGUACUGCACAGUACAACUCCAAGUGGCUGAAUGAACCCAAUUUUGUGUCAUCUUAUGACAUUGGGAAUUUCACCUACUUCUUCUUCCGAGAGAAUGCAGUGGAACAUGACUGCGGAAAAACAGUCUUCUCUCGUGCUGCUCGAGUGUGUAAAAAUGAUAUUGGUGGCAAGUUUGUGCUUGAGGAUACCUGGACUACCUUCAUGAAAGCUCGGCUGAACUGCUCUCGUCCUGGAGAAAUUCCAUUUUACUAUAAUGAACUGCAGAGCACUUUCUUCCUGCCAGAAUUGGACUUGAUCUAUGGGAUUUUUACCACUAAUGUGAACAGCAUAGCAGCCUCAGCAGUUUGUGUUUUCAACUUGAGUGCCAUAACUCAGGCUUUUAAUGGACCCUUCAAGUACCAGGAAAACUCUCGCUCUGCUUGGCUUCCAUAUCCCAAUCCUAACCCAAAUUUUCAGUGUGGCACCAUGGACCAGGGUUUGUAUGUGAACCUGACUGAGAGAAAUCUUCAGGAUGCUCAAAAAUUCUUCUUAAUGCAUGAGGUCGUCCAACCAGUUAUUCCAAUUCCAUACUUCAUGGAAGACAACAGCCGAUUUUCUCACGUGGUUGUGGAUGUUGUGCAGGGCAAGGACAUGCUCUUCCAUAUCAUCUAUCUUGCCACAGACUAUGGCACUAUUAAGAAAGUACUUGCCCCAAUGAACCAGACUUCAAGCAGCUGCCUGCUUGAGGAAAUUGAACUCCUGCCAAAGAGUCAGCGGGAGCCCAUCAGGAGUCUUCAGAUCCUGCACAGCCAGAGUGUCCUGUUUGUGGGCCUUCAGGAACAUGUGAUUAAAGUCCCCCUGAAGAGAUGUCUGUUUUACAAAACAUUCAGCGCAUGCAUUGGAUCUCAGGAUCCUUACUGUGGCUGGGACAUGGUGAUGAAGAAAUGCACAACUCUGGAAGAAAGUCUGAGCAUGAGUCAGUGGGAGCAAAGCAUUACUGUGUGUCCAACAAGGAAUCUGACAGUGGAUGGACAUUUUGGAACAUGGUCACAGUGGAAACCAUGCAGCCACACGGACGGUGCCAGCACUGGCUCCUGCCUCUGCAGGACCCGUGUGUGCGACAGUCCAGCUCCUCAGUGCGGAGGGUGGCUAUGUGAAGGACCAACCAUGGAAAUUGCCAACUGUUCCAGAAAUGGAGGCUGGACACCAUGGACUUCUUGGUCACCUUGUAGUACCACCUGUGGAAUAGGCUUUCAAGUUCGUCAGCGCUCCUGCAGCAAUCCAACCCCUCGCCAUGGAGGACGUGUCUGUGUGGGACAGAAUCGUGAGGAGAGAUACUGCAAUGAGCAUUUGUUGUGCCCCCCACAUGUGUUUUGGACAAGCUGGGGUCCAUGGGAACGCUGCACGGCUCAGUGUGGAGGAGGGAUUCAGGCUCGGCGUAGGACAUGUGAAAAUGGUCCUGACUGUCCUGGCUGCAGCGUGGAAUAUCAACCUUGUAACACCAAUGCCUGUCCAGAGUUAAAAAAGACAACUCCUUGGACACCUUGGACUCCAGUUAAUAUUUCAGACAACGGUGGUCACUAUGAACAACGAUUCCGAUACACCUGCAAAGCACGCUUGCCUGACCCAAAUUUGCUGGAGGUGGGAAGGCAAAGGAUUGAAAUGCGUUAUUGUUCCAGCGACGGCACCAGCGGGUGCUCGACAGAUGGAUUAUCAGGGGAUUUCUUGCGUUCUGGACGAUAUUCUGCUCACACCAUCAAUGGUGCCUGGUCGCCAUGGUCUGCAUGGUCUCAGUGCAGUCGUGACUGCAGUAGGGGUAUACGAAAUCGCAAACGGGUCUGCAGCAAUCCUGAGCCCAAGUAUGGUGGUCUUCCUUGCCUUGGUCCAUCUCUAGAGUACCAGGAAUGCAACAUUUUGCCUUGCCCAGUGGAUGGAGGCUGGUCUUGCUGGUCAUCUUGGUCAAAGUGCUCAGCAACUUGUGGAGGAGGGCAUUACAUGAGAACCCGCUCCUGCACCAAUCCUGCACCGGCAUAUGGAGGAGAUAUUUGUCUUGGCCUGCACACUGAAGAAGCCCUCUGCAACACACAACCAUGUCCAGACAGCUGGUCAGAGUGGUCCGAGUGGUCUGAGUGCGACUCAUCUGGCAUGCAGCUCCGUGUUCGUCAGUGCAUUCUUUUGUUUCCUGUGGGCAGCCAGUGCACGGGCAACACCACAGAGAGCCGAGCCUGUGCUUUUGACUCCAACUUUAUACCAGAAAUAUCAGUGGCACGAUCCAGCAGCAGAGAAGAAAAACGAUGUGGCGAGUUCAAUAUGUUUCACAUGAUCGCCGUGGGAUUAAGUAGCUCAAUACUUGGUUGCCUUCUUACUCUGCUUAUUUACACUUACUGCCAACGAUAUCAACAACAGUCCCAUGAUGCAACUGUCAUCCAUCCAGUGUCACCAGCUCCUCUAAAUACCAGCAUCACCAAUCAUAUCAACAAACUGGACAAAUAUGAUUCUGUAGAAGCCAUCAAGGCAUUUAACAAAAACAACCUGAUUCUGGAGGAGAGAAACAAAUACUUCAAUCCACAUCUCACUGCAAAGACUUACUCUAAUACCUAUUUUACAGAUUUCAAUAAUUAUGAUGAAUACUAAUGGGCUUGUGUAUUUUCUGGCCUCCUGUAACUCCCCAGUCCCCAAGGCCUGUGCUACAUGACUGCUCAUGUGAUUGAGGCUUCAGAGAUGAAGUUCAGAGACAUUUCAAGCACGAUCCAAGCCGUCAAUGUCCCAUUGCUGCCAAAUGCCCAAAACAACUGUUUGUGACAUGCUGUUUUCUCUGCGGAGUGAAAGAUUGGCCUUUGGUGUCGGGCGCAGAUGUAGCCCCUUGGUGUUGCUGAACCGCUCACAAGGAACAUGUCGCUUUGCUGUUUCAUAAGCAUUCAGUCAGAUUUCUCUGACAAAGGACUGAGCAAUUCCUAUUACCCCUUAAAUCUGCUCCUGGAGUACAAACGCAAUUUUCUUUUUAGGCAUUGUCUUUUGUUUCCUUGGGGUUUGGCAAGGAAGCUGUGCUGUUAGCCUCAGAGCCCUCUCUGCAGCCUCCUGAAGCUCACAUCACCACAGAGAUCUUGCAGGGUGUUGAGAAGAACAGCAAAAAGAAGCAUGGUGGUUUAGUAAUGCUCUGCAGCAGCAUUAGGCUCUGUAGGGCUGGUCUUCCAGGGCUGCAGAUCACUCAAGCUGUAGUUCAGCUGUUCAGAGGGAGGAGACUAAAGCUGUACCGAGGGAUAUGAUCUUGUAAUGAAACUGGAAAGCUUCAGGAUAGGUGGUUUCCAAAUGUGAGCCAAGCUUGGUCACAGAAGGCCUCCACACUGUUUGGUUGAAUUAUGAGGGUGGUGGAGGGGCACGUCUUGCAGGGAGACCAAGACAGGAGGGAAAAUGGGAAAGGCAAACAGGAAGGCUUGCUUGACUGCCAGGGUGGUGGUGGCCUACAGUCAGGCCAGGUAUGGGAAGAUGCAACUGCACCGCCAUUUGUGUGCUGUCUCAAGCACUGGUGGCACAUUGGCAUAAUCUGUAGAGCUGCUUUCCUCUAUCUGGCUUUUAUUUUUUAUGCAUGUCUUUGACAAAACAAAGCAUCAUCAGAAAAUGCAGAUGUAUCUGCAAAGCAUUUUCUCAUCUUACUGUUGUGUCUGGCCCACACCAACCAGCCCCUAAAGGAACCCUCUUAUGGUGUUUUAAGUGAGUAUCUCGUUGGACUUCAUUGAUGUAAAUAUUUAAAAUCCCAUUUGAGUUUUAAAUUAUCAGUUUUAGUUCCUCUUGUAGUGGCAGGUGAAGAAACACAAAGGAUUUUUAUACCAUUUUUUUUCUUUGUUCUGUUGUCUUCACUCACAUUCAUGACAAUAUCAUUUUUUGAGCUGAAAUUCCAGAUGUAGAACUUAAUAGAAAAGGGCAGGGGUUUGGGCCAGAUUUUCCAAAAUUCUUAAUAGCAAGACAGCAUUUGCUAUUCUCAGAAGCUUGUGGAAAAAAAAAAAAAAAAAAAAAAAAAAACUUAAAAACAAAUAUUGAGGACUAAAGAAUUAGGCUUUCUUGAGCAUGUUAGAUGUAAAGAUGUCCUACCAGAAUGCCAGGAAGGUAUGCAGAGAGACAGAGUAGAAAUAUUUCCAUUCCUUACUCAGAGCCCUUGAUCAUUAGGUUAUGCUACAAUAGGCAAACAGAGAAUAAUAUGUGCAGAUUAAAAUGAUUAAAAAUUUUAUACAAAAAAAACUACACAAAAGAUACCAAGAACAUUGAGGCUGUGAGACUGCACUUAAGCAUCACCUUGGUGGUCCAGCCACACCAUGUGUAUCAAUGGCGAUGAGCAACAUUCUUGAAUGGGGAUAGGUCUAAAUGUAGCACUGUGAUUCCUAUCUCUGUUCUGCAUAAAACGAGAAAAUGCAAAGCAAGUGGUCUUUGAAAAGCUGUACUGUAAAAUGAACACACAUUUACCAUCUAUGAAAAUAAUUAGGACGAGCUGCCUAUUUUUUCCAGAUGAAUCAUUCUCCCCAUUGCUAAAAGAAAGUUCUCCCACCCUUUCACUGGUUUAUCUUUAGAAGGGUUGAUAACACCCAUUUCCCAUAUUUUAUUAUUGUUUUAUAGUACAUCAGAUUUGAUUUUCUGGGAAGAAAUUAUUGGAUUGCCUUUGAGUAAGGGGAAAUUUUCUCUGCAAGAAUAUUCAGUGAAACAAACAGAUGGGGGAAUGGCUCUCCAAAUCACAAGCAUGUCCAGUAUUCGAAUCACUCUGUUCAUGCCAAAAGAUACAUUUUUACAUUUCAGUAUAUUUUAAAAGUAAGGUCUAUAUUGCUGCCACUGCCAAGAAGAAGCAGCACAUGCACAUAGACGCAUGCACAACACUGUUCCUCUCUGCCCCUGUACUAAGAGCACAUUAGUCUGGCUUAUGGAGUUUGUAUUUAGACUAUUAGUUAUGAAUCCAAUAUCUUAAAAAUAUUUGAUGUAUGUAUUUUUAUUUUAACCUUUUUAAUAAAAUUCAUCUGAAAUAAGAUUAAAAAAUCUUUAGUAGAUUAAGGCACACUUAUCUUUACAGUGAUUUGUCUUCCAUUCCUUUCAUGAAUAGAUAAAUAUGUUAGAUGUGUUAUAUAUGCAACAAUAAUACUCUAGAUUAAGACUGCAUGAUCAUAGGUAGGAGUGCAUUUAGCAGAUGCUCGGUCUGCUCACACUUCCGUCUCCCAGAGGAGUGUUUCAGACGUUCAGAUCUCUGACCAACUCCUAUGUGAUGUAAUCUAAAAAUCACACCAACUUGUCAGAAAAGUUUUCCUUUUAAACAUUUUUUUUUGUCAUUUACCUUCUUAAGUUGCAUUAUUUUAAAUCUCAUGCAAAGGUAUAUUCAAAAUUCUACCUAAAGCAGUUUAAAGUCUGAUCUUCACAUUCCUUCAGGGUAAAUGCGAUGUUUAAAGGAAAAUUUUAAAUCACUUCAAUGAGAAAAAUGUGAUUGCAAGGUCUCCUCAUCAAUCUAGACUGAGAGAACAGGUUGUAAAGCCAUUAGACUUUUGUGUCUUAGGUCAUUGUAGAGGACCCUGGGGGUGCACCAACUCCAUCAGUAUUUUCUCCUUCUGAGUUCUGCACAGCUGUCUACAUGGUUUAAUACAUCCUCCUCUACUAUAAAGAGAAAAGCAAAGUGAGGUUUCUAUUAAAUUUCAAUUUACUUUAUUUAACGUUUUUUCGAAAAUAGGCUACACACUUUGGUGGAAAGCAGAUUUCCACAUGAAGGCUCUAAUGUUGUUUUGUCAAAAAUGGAACAAAGUGGAUACUUGCAUGUCAAACUUGUUUAAGCUGACAGAGCUCUCAGACUUGUACAAGGGAAGAAUUUGAUUCUUGUAGCAUUGUUCUGUUCUUAGAAAGGGAAAACCAACGCCUUUUCCCCGUAACGUUUCGCAUGGAUAAAGUGACCUUUUCUGGAUAAAUAAAUAUCACCUCUAAUGUCGGUAAUUAAUAUUAUUAAGCCAGUUUUACAUCGAUUGCAUAACUUGUAAAAUGUUCUGGUUUGAACACACACAUUUGAGUAGGGAGAUCACAAUCCUCUGAAUAAAUCUUUAAUACUCCUUUCUGUGUAGCACUGCUAGAUGAGGUGAGGAGGAAGCAGGACUGCUAGUCUGAUACUGCAUAGUAAAUACUGUCAUUGGGUAAUCCAAGUUAAAAUUGUGCUGGAAUACAGGUUUUGGACUUAGUUUAGUGUCUGAUGCACAGAGCACAUUCCUCAGUUGCUUAGAAAAUGGACUCCUGUGCUUGCAGAUUUUAUUCGAGUCUAAUGACCUUUACGGCCACUUAAAAUUACUUCAGGUGGAAGCUUUUUCAGCCAUUUGCAGUCACCUGCUGUUGGAGCAGUGUGGUUUGGCUAAAACUAAUCAAGAGAUUUCUAACUGGAAUUAGGGUUUUCUUAAGAGAGGAAGAGAGAAUGAGGUUUAAAUGACUUUGAUUUCCAGGCUAUUAAGCAGUACUGAUUAAAGUCUCAGAUGGGUGUAGGACUCUGAAUUCAGUUAGGUCUCUCAGAAUCCCACUAUGACCUCUGGGAAGAUACCAUGUAGUGUACAAAUCAAGAGCCACUAAAGCACUUACGUUCAGUGAAGAAAGUUCUCAGAGCAUCUGAAGAUAUGACUCUUCAAACAAGAAAACAAAAUAAGAGGUCUCAGAUGCAACAAAAACAGUAAUGAGAAUAAAUGCUUCAAGAUUUUUUCCUCAUCAUCGCAGAAUAAAUAUAUUCACUUCUGUCAAUGUGGGACCAGUUUUAUUGAAAUCAGCGCUACAUACGCACAUUCCUAAAGUUAAUCGCAUGCAAAAUGGCUUUUCCGUGUGAGAUAAUUCUGUAAAAUAUUUGGUCCAAGUUCAUCCUGCUUUGCUUGAGGUGUGUGACCAAUUUUUAGUUGUAGCUGCCACUGGCACCCUUUGCAUCUCAUCAGGGAGACCAUCCUUAGAUGGGCAGAGUCACAACCCAGAGGAGGCUUGUAGAGAGAUACACUUAUAAUUUUCUCUGUCAUUUAGAUGCCUAAAUGUAGAUGGGCAAAAGCGAAGCUCUGGAGCACAAGUACAAUUUUACUUGUCACGUAAGUGACCACGCUGAGCUCAGCGGUAUGGAUGUAACAACUUACUAAGUUUAAUGUGUUUACAAGAUUGAGCCCAAAAUAUACUGCUUCUGCACAAAUCCAUGCUCAAUACAAGAUGGCCGCAGUAGUAAAGAAACAGAUGCAUUUAAAAUUGUUCACAAGCAAAUCUGCGUCUUGAUAUCAGGGAAUUGAUAUGUGUUCAUUGUGUGGGGUAUUUGAAUUCAUUCCUUUCUUUGCUAAAUAAAUAAAUGAUUAAAGAAGAUACAGCUUGAGUUCAUUUAAAAGCCAUUCUUCCAAAUAAAGGGUUUUGGGAUCUGUGAA